UAGAGGUCGUGACCGAAUCUAAAGAAGUAGAAUCCCGUUCUGCAGUGGAAGGAUUGAAGUCGAGUUGAUCGGGGAAAAGGUAGUUGACAAAACGUCUAUUGUGCUGUCGCGGGAAAGAGGGUAUGGUGGAUUUUGAGAAAUAUCAUUUGCAGCUAAAUCCUGAAGUGUUAUUUACUGUGAAGAAAAUCGACGACACGUGCAGCCGUGUAGCCGUGAAUUGAAUUUCACUGAUAGGUCAUCCAGAAGUGCACAAUGAGCUUCCUAUUUGGAAGCAGAUCUUCAAAAACCUUCAAGCCAAAGAAGAAUAUCCCAGAGGGAACUCAUCAAUAUGACUUGAUGAAGCAUGCAGCAGCUACUCUGGGCUCUGGGAAUUUGAGACUUGCAGUUAUGCUUCCAGAGGGUGAAGAUUUAAAUGAAUGGGUUGCAGUAAAUACUGUUGAUUUUUUUAACCAAAUCAACAUGUUAUAUGGCACUAUCACAGAAUUUUGUACAGAAGAAAGUUGUCCCAUCAUGUCUGCAGGACCAAAAUAUGAAUAUCAUUGGGCCGAUGGACAUACUGUUAAAAAACCAAUUAAAUGUUCUGCACCAAAGUAUAUUGAUUACUUGAUGACUUGGGUGCAAGAUCAAUUAGAUGAUGAAACUUUAUUCCCUUCAAAAAUCGGAGUCCCUUUCCCAAAAAAUUUCUUAUCCAUUGCCAAGACAAUAUUGAAAAGACUAUUCAGAGUAUAUGCACACAUCUAUCACCAACAUUUUAGUGAAGUGGUUCAACUUGGUGAAGAGGCACAUUUAAAUACAUCAUUCAAACACUUUAUAUUUUUUGUUCAGGAAUUUAACUUGAUAGAAAGAAGGGAAUUGGCACCAUUGCAAGAAUUAAUAGAAAAGUUAACGGCGAAGGACGCCCGAUGAGCGAUUUUGAUCGUCAAUCGAAAACUCCUCCAAAGAAUUUCACCCAUGCUAUUUCUUUUAACAAAACGUGUAACUGUGCAUGUUAUUUAACUAAUCUAAUUCAUUGCUAACGUGAUCAUUGCCUCAUGCCAGGAGUUACUGGUAUUAUACUAUGUGACAUUCUGUUCAUUUAUAAAAACAAGUGACUGAUUCACGCAUUUUAUACCGAAGAUGAUUCUCAACAAAGAAAAAGAAAUUUUGACUAUUUGGGAAAGUGAUGAAAUUACGUUAAAAAUCAAGAGGGUGAGG